CGCAUUGCAAACGAGUUUGGCAAUUGCAGGAAAUUACGAAUCCGGAAGUGUGUGUCAUGUGAUAUGUACAUUUCGCGACGCAGAAAUCUUCAAAAAGCAAAAAACAAAGGGCUGAAAAUAGGACGAAGUGCGAGAACACUCUUGUUUUCACUAUGGCAGAUGAUUUAAAGAGGUAUCUGUACAAACAGCUGCCAACGGUUGAAGGCCUCCAUGCAAUAGUAGUAACAGACCGAGAUGGAGUUCCUGUAAUCAAAGUUGCCAAUGACAAUGCCCCAGAGUAUGCUCUACGACCAGGCUUCCUCUCAACAUUUGCACUAGCUACGGAUCAAGGCAGCAAGCUGGGUCUGUCCAAAAAUAAGAGCAUCAUUUGCUACUACAACACAUAUCAGAUUGUUCAAUUUAACCGAUUACCCUUAGUGAUCAGCUUCAUUGCAAGUAGUAGUGCCAACACAGGUUUGAUCAUCAGUUUAGAGAAGGAGCUUGUUCCACUGAUUGAGGAACUGAGACAGGUUGUCGAAGUUGCCUAGAACACCUCAUUUUACAACUCCUGCAGUAAAUCCCUGGAUCAGAUCAAGACACACACACACACCCACAUAUGCACCUUGGACAUUACUACAACAGUAUGAUGUUGGCUGUGAACUUGGAUUUCAUGUCAAUUGCUCUUGAUGCUGUAUGUUUCUCUUUUGAAUGUAACCCUGUCUGGUUGUAUUUUUGAUUUCUUCUAAUUAAUAAAUUUGUUAAUGAA